UAUUGUGUCCUCAUAUUUCUACCAUGCGGGGUAUUCGGUUACUUAUAAAAAAAACCAGAUCUAUAAUAUAUAAAAAUAAAUAAAAACAUUCUGAGAUGAAAAUUUAUAUUCGCAAAUUGAUAGUUUUUGAAGAAGAAAAUGAUUAAAAGUCAAUGAAUUAUUUUGCGCAUUUUGAUGAGAUUUAUUGCCAUUAUUUAUCAUCACGCCAUCUAUAACGAUCAAAAUUGCGAUCCAUAGUGAAAUUAGCUUAGAGUGACAUGUAAAAUCGUAUUCGAUAAGCAAGUGGUGUCAGUUAUUCUUCUAAAAUUUAAACGAUAAGGUUUCAAAUCAAAAUUUUCACUGGCCUAAAAUAUUUAACAUUGUGUUAACUCAAUAAAAAAUGAUCAUUUAAAGGAUAAAAAUUUGGUAUUGUUAUGUUUCAUGAAUGACUAUUUGAGUCAAACAUCGGUAUUGUUACGUUUUACGUAAAUUGUAUAUUCUGGAUAUUGAUAAAUCUUAGAACUAUAAGUUCUGUUUUAUUUCCAUGGAAACAAAAUAACCAGAAAUUUCUAUUCUUAGUAUUUCAAACAACUCGAAUUAUCUUCAAGUUGUGCAAAAAAUUCCAUUUCUAUAGAAUGACAACAACCUCAAGUUCUCAUAAAGAUAAAAUAUUUAUAACAAAUGAAGACAAUUUAAAUAAUUCUAAUCCCCGUACGGAUGAAAUUUAUCGAACUUACAAUCUUCCAGGAAGAUUUUUAUAUCCAAGAGUGUUCAAAGGUUACCGACAAGAUGAAUUCUCCAAGCCACAUCCUGGAUACCGUAGCACGUCUAUGGAUUAUGGAUGGUAUAGUCCAACAGUUCACACUGUUCCUACAUGUUUCUAUCCUCGUGAAGGAAAUUUUACCACUGAGCUUAGUCGUGCUGGCAUGUAUCGCAAUUGCUCAUUAAAUACUGAGCUUGAUAAAACAUUUUAUUAAUAAUUAUUUUAAUGAUUUAAUCAUCAUUAUAUUAAUAAUAAUCUAAUAUUCUGUACAUCUUGUAAAUUCAUUUCUAAGUUAUAAAUUUGACUUAUAUU